CUGUCCGUUUCUGUCAUUGAGCCAGCUUUGUUUAACGUAGUUUAGCCAAUGGUUUAGCGUGAACGCGAUAGAAACGAGAAAGAAUUUGCGCUUUUUCCGUAGUGAUGUUGCAUGACGUUUGUACAAGAACUUAAAGCUUGAACAGAAAUGGUAAGGCGAAUCUGAAUUUCAUUGGUAUCUCCCUAGGUCAUCUCUUCCGAUAGCUGCGUUCGCGUUACAGUGUUCGUGCUCUUGCAUGUUUACGGACGCCAGGAUACCGCUGCCCGUGGAACCAUUACCCAAUGAGACAGACGACAAACGAAUAUGGGUCGGAAACCUUGACAGCCGUCUGACCGAGUUUCAACUCAUUAAAGUACUGAAGAAGUAUGGCAAUGUUAAGAAAUUUGACUUCCUCUUUCACAAGGCUGGUCCUCUGAAGGGCCACCCCAGAGGCUACUGCUUUGUCACCUAUGAAACCAAGGAACAGGCUGAGCGUGCUCUGAGCUGCUUGCAUGGAAAACUGGUUUUCUCAAAGACACUUGUGGCAAAAUGGGCUAAUAACGUCCCAAGUGUUGACCUAGCAACACGAAGGCAAGGCUUAAGUCUUGGAGUUGCAAAGAAAGAGCAGAAGCCAGUUCUCAAUGUAAACAGCCAGAUUCACGCAAUUGAAGCCAAGCUGCGAGCCAUGGAAAGAGACAAAGAGAGAGACCUAGGUCAGUGCUUGCUCGCUACACCCCCUGCCCCAUCACAGCUUGCAGCAGUGAGGCAGCCCGUGACCCAGUACCAGCCAAGAACAUACAAGCGACCCCAGAAGAUGUCAAGAUGACAUUAUACCACUGUGCUAUGUGUAUAGUACAGUAGAACUGCAACAUGAAUCUUGUCACCUCACCCAAGACUUCCAUCUUCAAACCAUUUUUCAGCAUUUGAUUGUACAAAAUCCCAAGCCCUCUGUUCGUUGCUUUUUACAGAGAAGUCUGUUGCGAAACCUCCCUGAAUAUGUGCUCAUGUGCUCCUGGACUCACUUUGCAUUGUGACUUGAGAAAGCUGGAACAUAAAAGAUACACUGAAGGCAGCUGUAUUAAAAA